AUGAAGAGCUUUAGGAAUGAAUUUUAUUUAAAUGGUAGGUUUCACGUGCGGACAUAAAAAAAUUGUCGAAUAACCUUCGUAGGUGUAAUCCACUUCGUAGUUGCCUCGUGUGCAAUCUGAUAAAUUGCAAGCACCUAUCAAUCAUAUUCUUUCAUUCAAAAGUAAGUCUCAAAAAAGUAUCUUAUGAAUGUAAAUCUUACAAACGUAUAUCUUAUUACGAAAGUUAUUAUUCCUUAUCAAAUUGUUUGUUACGAAUCUUCUCUAAAUCCAAAGUUUAAUAAAACUUUUUCCUCAUUUAUAUUGUAUGUCAACACGACCAUGAAUUUAUAAAGGAAAAAAUCCCUCAGCAGUAACUUUAGAAUUUGGAAAAGAAAAUGGAUCUAAUCCAUAUUCUCGCCUCCGUAACAUUUAUUCUACUCCUCAUCUUCAUCUAUCUAUCAUGGCAGUAUACUUAUUUUCAAAGAAGAGGAAUACCAACAGCCAAGGGUAUUAUUCCACCAUUCGGUCACAUGCUACCAAUUAUUGUUAUCCACAAAACCCUAGGAACCUUGUGCGAAAAAUUCUACAAUGAAACCAAAGGUUACAGUAUGUGCGGAUUCUAUCAUCUCUGGACACCAAUACUUCUAAUCCGUGAACCUGAACUAGUGAAAAAUGUUCUACAAACAAAUUUCUCCUCCUUCAGUGAAAAUCCCUUUGAUAUUAGUUCUGUAAAAUGUGAUCAACUUUUGAAAUCGCAUCCUUUCUUCACAAAGGGGGACGAGUGGAAAAAAUCACGAGCACCAGUGACAAAUAGUUUAUCCGCCAUGAAACUAAAGUUAAUGAUGCCUGUAAUUCAAAGAAUAGUUUCCAGAAUGACGGAAUAUUUGCAGUAUCAAUGCGGAAAGGAGGUGGAUCUAAAGGUACUGUGCAAUAAAUUUACCGGUGAAUUUUCAGCAAUUGAAAGUGGUAUUCAGACUAACAAUUUUAAGAAUACUGAUGAAAUUGGAUACAAUCAGAUGAUUGACAUUUUUUUCAAGACACCAACUUUUGGUAAUGGAGUUAGACUAAUGAUUUUUUUUAUUCUACCCGCUUUGGGAUCAUUUUUGAAUUAUGGUUUGACACCCAAGGUAGUUGAUCAAUAUUUCCGAGAGAUUGGCACUAAAGUUGUCAAUAAUCGAAGAAAGGAAAAAGGGAAUUACAACGACUACAUACAGUACGUUAUGGAUUAUCAAAAAUUACACCAUAAUAUCGAAAACGAAGAAGUACUCGCAGCAGCCCAUAUGUUAUCGUUCGCUUUCGAUGUUUACGAAAUAGUGGCAGUGACAACUAGUUUUCUAAUUAUGGACCUGGCAAGACGACCGGAAAUUCAGAACAAAGUGCGCGAGGAAAUUAUCACGAUACUCGAUAAGUACAACGGUGAAUUGACCUACGAUGCUCUUAAGGAAAUGCCAUUUUUCGAUAAAGUCCUCAACGAAUCACAGAGAAUGAAUCAUCUUUUGGGAAUCACUAUGAAAAUUUGCACCAAACGGACGAAACUUGAGGGAACGGAUGGUUUAUCAUGUGUUAUUGAACCAGGACAAAAGGUCGCAGUUUCCAUCUAUGGUCUUCAAAUGGAUCCAAAAUAUUGGAACGAACCGGAAAUUUUUGAUCCCGAACGUUUUAAUAAUGACGAGAAAAAUACUAGGCACAAGUUUACUUUUCUUCCGUUUGGUGAAGGACCGCGUAUGUGCGUCGGAAUGCGGAUAGGAAUAAUUUUAGUAAAACUAGCAGUCGCCGGUAUUUUAAAAGAUUUUUCCGUUGAACCUUCAAAGAAAAUGGUUUUUCCAAUGACAAAGGAUGAGACGAAUUUUCUAAACUUUCCGCUAGGUGGUUUUUGGGUCAAGAUUCGACCUUUAAAAUCCGGUGCUUGUUCAGAAUAAUUAUAAAUAAAUGUCAGUACACGGGGCAAUUAGUACCAGUGCGGGGUAAUAACAGGAAUAAAAAUUUAAUUUUCCUUUUCCCUCACUUUUCCCUGAUUUCCAAAAAA